CCAUUGGCUGCGCUCACAAGGCUGCGCAUUUCCGUGUUACUUCCUUGUUCUUCGGUGAAAGACACUGGCCUCGCAGCUGUAUGCGUGAAGGCGCAGCCGGGAAGUGAGUUGGAGACAGAAGUGGAGUCAUGGCAGACUCUCGAGAAGGGGAGAAGGCGCGACACGACGAGCCUCAAGGCGCGGAGGGUGGGGAAGAUGUUAUCGAUGACCCGAUUAUAGAGCAAGGAGCUGUGGUUCUAAGGGGCUAUGUGAUUAGACGUAUAAGCACCGAGGACCCAGGCCGACAUGUCUCCCCUAUCGACCUGGGUGGAAGCCCCAAUGAACAGCAGGAUCCGCAGAUUAAAGAAGUGGUCGAACAGUUGCUCAAAAUAGCUGACGAGAUGAACAGGAAUGCUGAGCUCCAACAACUGAUCAGCCAGGUGCAGAACAACUGUGCUCAGGAUGUCUUCAUGACUGUGGCCAGGAGUAUCUUUGCUGAUGGCAUCAACUGGGGUCGGGUAGUUGCCCUCUUCCAUCUGGCCUACCAACUCAUCUACAAGGCACUGACCACCAACCAUCUAGAGAACAUAAGGACCAUUAUCAGCUGGGUGCUGCAGGUCAUCAGGGAGAAACUCUACUCCUGGAUCAUACAGCAGGGAGGCUGGGAGGGGGUGAUCUCUGGCAUUUCUCGGUGGAGGACAGUUGCCAUAGUAGCAUCAGUGGCAUUGGUGUUUGCCAUUAUUUACAGCAGGAAGAUGCGCUAAUGUCAGCAGACCUAAAGUUUUCCACCUUGCCUUUAAAACCGGACUUGGAGAUCCAUUUGAAGUUGAAAGCUUGGGCUUGACCUUCAGAAAUGUUCUUUUUUUAAAUCUUGUCCUCUACUCACUCCUUCACUUUGAAAAUGAGGCACUUCCAAUUUUCUCAGGUAUUUAAGGACAUAAAGACAAUUGUAUUCAGAGUUCUGCCAAAUGUUGCCAUAAAGUAACUUCUAUUGAUGCCAAAACUAGCUGAAUAUGUAGAUUUAAAACUGUAAAUUGGAAUGUGUGUGAGUGUAUAUGUGUGUUUGUUUGCCGAAAGCUAAUUUAAUCUCUGCAGAAUAUCAGUAAGUGCACAUUGGAGGGGUGUAUGUAGACUUCAGGGAAAGCCUUUUCUUUAGCUCUCUUGGUGUCGUCCAGGCAGGUCUUUAUAGUGUAUUAUUUGACUUCCGUUCAAGGACAUGCAAUGUAUAUCCACACUUCAUUGAUGGCUUCAGUUUUCAAGUUCAUAUUGCUGCUGAGUGGUCAAAAAUAUUUACCCUUGACAUCAGAUUUUUGUCACUUUUAUUUGGUGGGUAGUAUCCGAGUACACAGAGGGUUGCUGUUUUUUGCCUUUCUUCUGGAUUAAACGUAGAAACUUACAGUAACCGUGUUGCAAAGUGUGCACAUCCUUCAUGUACAAUGUGGUAGAAGCACCGUUACACUGAUGAAAUGUUGAGAUGGAAUAGGCCAACCAAUUAUCUUGUUGUAGUUUGGGACAUCUUUCUCAAGAGUUCAAGUUCACUGUAAUGGACAUGCUUAUCACAUUCACUUUUAGGUUGGUCCCUAGAGGCUCUAAAGAGUCGAGGUCUGGACAUUCCAGGAAACUGCUCUUUUUUCUUUCUUUUUUUUUUUAGCCAUUCCUUAGUUGGUUCUUUUGGUUCAGGGAAUUGAGCCUCAUGCAAUAGCCAUUUGUAUGUACAGAUUUUCUCGUAAAACGUGCAAGAAAAAGUCUUGUGGUAUUCAGCACUCAUCUCAUACUCGGAUUUGGUGGUUUGUAUGAUCAGAAUGAGACACAAAUACACUCAACAGUCCUGUUGGUCAGCCACAGCUUCUGAAAAGGGCGAAGUCCGUAAAUCACAAGUCUGCAGCACAGAGAUACUGGUACUAAUACUGAGAAGACAAAAAACACUUUCAGGCAUAAGUGGCCAACGGGAUAUGAUUAUGCAGCGUUAAUAGACCUUUUGUAAAUGAACCGGAUAUGCAUGUAUGCUAAUUAACCGGCUAUACAUGUAUGCCAAUGAACCGGAUAUACAUGUAUGCUAAUUAACUGGAUAUACAUGUAUGCUAAUUAACUGGAUAUACAUGUAUGCUAAUUAACUGGAUAUACAUGUAUGCUAGUUGAGACAGAAGUCUUUUUGGUGGCUCAGGUGAAUUAAAACUGAAUAGACUUAUUAUGAGUAAUUAUUUCUCUUUCUGUCAGUUCUUACAACAUCCUUUUCAUGUCUUUCAGCUACUGUACAGAUGCAAAUAGUGAACUUCUCUCAUGCAGAAACUAGUGCACAUUUUGCUCAUGCGCAUUCAGUUUACAAACAAGUGGUGUUGAGCACAUGUAAGCAGAUACGUAUGGUUACACACGUUUCACGAAGCCGAUGUGGAAUUCUCUAAUGCAAUAUUCCUAAAAUACAUUUAAGACUAAGGUCCCUUUACCCUUUAAGCAUCAAGUCUUAAUUCAAGCGUCUUCUUUUUUUUAUUCUUUUAAAAAGGGCGGCACUCCUCUCCCAGAACAUCUUAUGUAUAGCAUUUUAAUGCCUCCUGUGUCCUGACCAGGCGCUGUACUCCAGAAGCAUCUUAAGCAGCUGCUGACUGGCUGACUAAGGAGACGUUGUUUGGCUAAGAGCGGUGUUAGUUCAUGACCAUGGCAGCAUGACUGGUACGGUAACUCCACUACUGCUUGUUAGUUUACUGUGUGUCGCAGUCCCUUCCGAGGUGGUUCAGGAACCCAUCCCGUCUGAGCUUCGGACAGUAUUGUAAUAGAGAAUCCACCGACGCAGACUGGUCUCCUGUCAGCCAGUCACUGUGGGCAUAGUACGUGAGCCUGUUCGUGAAACUCGAUGUCAUCUGUGGCGAUGGGGUCAACCCCGCCCUUUUCUCUUAGUUUAAGAUUUCACCCAUUUCCUUGGUAAAAGUUGGUCCCACAGCUUCUUUCUUGGUUUUAAGAAGGAACUUUUGGUGCAGUUUUGGAGUGCUCGUGGUGCUAAGAUAAAAUACUUUGUGAAUGUGGCCCCAGGUCUCUCUUCGUCACGGAGGAAACAGCCCCACUGCUCUCAGCUUACAUCACAGUGCAUACUAGUACAGUUUUCUGACUGUCACAGGUGUUUUAUGAAGUCAAGAUGAGAAAUUAUUUUUUAUUCAUCAUUCUUAUUCCCGCCAAGGAGAACCCUACUUGACACCCUACUUAAAGAAACAAAACACAUCGAUGUGUUCAUACAUGCAUGAUCAAGUGACCAGACACUCCCGAGCUGUCCUGGGCUGUCCUGGGCUGGGGCUGCUGGUGGUCUUGAGGCAACUCUCUUGCAGAACUUCUUCCAACACAUCUUGCAGAAAUUCCCUAGUCUUGGCAGAAAGCUGGUGGUACCACUGUUCUUCCAGUUCUUGAUUAAGGCCUUCCAUGUGUUCCAGGGUAUGUUUCAGGUGUUGGGAAUUAAUUUAUACCCCUACCCUAAUCUGAAACUCCAUAUGAGAUCUUAAAGGUCUUCUGUUAAUGCUCUGCUGCUCAUUCUUGUCUCGGUACAGUGACAUGUGAUGCAACAAAUAAAAUUCAGUUGAAUCUUGA